CAUUUGUACACACAGGAGCACACUUCUGCUCUUCCUCUCUCAGAAUGACAGUUCUAGGUAUAACUUUGGGUACGGUUUUCUAUUUACUUCAAGCUGUUUCUGGAGAAAGUGGCAAUGCGCAGAAUGGAGACCUGGAAGAUGCAGAGCUGGAGGAGGACUUGUUCUCCUUUUGGUGCUACAGCCAGUUGGAAGUGGACGGAACCCAGGACUCACUGACCUGUGCUUUUGAUGACCCAGAAAUCAAUAGCACCAAUCUGGAAUUUGAAAUAUGUGGGUCUCUUGCAGAAAUAAAUUGCUUGACUCUUCGUAAACUUCAAGAAGUAUAUUUCAUCAAGACAAGGAAAUUCCUACUGAUUGGCAAUAGCAAUAUAUGUGUGAAGCUUGGAGAAAAGACUAUAACUUGCAAAGAUGUGGAAAUAGUCAAGAUAGUUAAACCUGAGCCACCUUAUGACCUACAAGUCAUGUAUCGUGAGGAAGCAAAUGACUUCGUGGUGACAUUUAACACAACACACUUGCAAAAGAAAUAUGUAAAUAAACUAAAGCAUGAAGUAGCAUACAGCCUGGGAAAAAAUGAAAGUAACUGGACGACUAUCUCUAUACACAACACAAGACUGACACUCCUGGAGAGAAAUCUACAACCUGACUCAAUGUAUGAGAUUAAAGUCCGAUCUAUAGCUGCAGACUAUUAUAAAGGGUUCUGGAGUGAUUGGAGUCCAAGUGUGCACUUCAGAACUCCGGAGCCCAAGAUUCCAGAGUUGGAUUCCAUUUUGUCAGCCAUCAGCAUUCUGAGUUUUUUCUCUGUGGUUCUAUUGGUCAUCUUAGCCUAUGUGUUAUGGAAAAAAAGGAUUAAGCCAAUUGUGUGGCCUAGUCUCCCUGAUCAUAAGAAGACACUGGAACAACUAUGUAAGAAACCAAAAAAGAAUUUGAAUGUGAGUUUCAAUCCUGAAAGUUUCCUGGACUGUCAGAUUCAUGAAGUAAAUGGCAUUCAAGCUAGAGAUGAAGUGGAAGGAUUUCUGCAAAAUUCACUUCCUUCACCACAUGAGGAGGCUGAGGAUCAGGGCCAUGCAGUGGGUGAACAGGGCCACAGCUGGCCUUCUGCGGUUGUAGACAGCGCACCAGGGGCUCUCAGAGGACAGUCACCCCUCAGGUGCCUGGUUAGAGAUGCAGAAACAUGUGAUACUCCUAUAUUCUCUUCCCCCAGGUCCUUAGACUAUAGAGAGGGCAACAGUAAUGGGUCCCAUGUGUACCAGGGCUUGAGGUUUAGCCCUGGGACAACAAAUAGUACCCUACCUCCACCAUUUCCUCUCCAGUCAGGAUUCCUGACGCCAGAUGCUCAAAGGCAGCCUAUCCUUACUUCCUUGGCACCAAAUCAAGAAGAAGCAUAUGUCACCAUGUCCAGCUUUUACCAAAACCAAUGAACUAUGGGAAGCACAGGACCAUCCCCAUUACAACCCCAAUGAAGACUGAGAGGGGAAGUCUAGAGUGCUACCCUCUCUCAUAACAGCAAGAAGAUAAAAUCAGUACAACCCUGCUGCAUAGGUCUUCUGGAUUCUGAGGCAUCAUGUGGAUUUCCUGGCUUGAUAGCACUCACAGAAGACAGGGAUGUGCUCUUUCUACCAUGUUGAUUUGGUCAUGCUUCAGGUGACCCAGUUAAAAAUAAAUAAAUAAGUAAAACCAAGAAAAGAAUGAAAAAAAUAGUGAAGAAAAAAAAAAGACAAGAUGUGAGUAAGACAAGAAGGGGAAAAAAGAAGAUGAGAAUUAAAAUGAUAGAAUAAUAAUGACUACGAUUAAGACUUAUGAUAAAAUUUCCAAUGCUUUCCUAAAUGCUCAGUACAUCCGGCCUCCCUUCACAUUAACAAUAACAUGAUGCAGUGGGUAUAAUUGUGAUAACUGUUAUUCUCAUUUUCAGAGAUGAGGAAGCUAAGAGUGAAGGUGUAAGGAACUUGCCCCAGUUGCCCACUAUGCGGGUUGAAGCAGGGAGUCCAACUGCAGCCUCUGCGUACCAUGAGAUUUUCUUCUGUCUGGGACAGUCUUCUCCUUGAGUGACAAACCCCAGUGAUGACUGGAUGACCACAUAGUUAUUUUGAAAAUGUAAUGGGGAAGUUAUAAGUAAUUAAUCCAGACCCGUAAGUAUAAACUAAGAUUGUCCCAGACAGACAUAAAUAUACAGUUCCCUUACUUAAAACAGCCAUGAGAAAGGAAGUAGGAGACAAAUGGACUCAAAGACGCAAAGGUCCAUGACUACAUGUCAAAGGACGGAGAAUGAAAACCAAAACCCCCAGCAAGCCCAUUUGAUCUUGGUUUUCUGAAGACAAGCUCAAGAAACAAUGAAUUUGAAACCCAGAAUCUGCAGUCAGUGAAGAAAAGCAUAAUUCUCUUGCUGCUACCACCCAACUGCCCAAUCUGUGAUCACAGAAGAACCUGUUACUAACCGGAAGCAGUGGAACAUUUAGCCAGUAAUCAGGGAAAAGGACAGUCCUGUGUGUAUAGACACCAUUACCCCAAGUUCUACAGCCCUGGAUGUUCCCAUGAACUCCAAGAAGGGGCUAUGAGGAUAGCAGUGAGUGGGUACACUCACUAAUGCAUAGUGGUCAGGUAAGUUACUUAAAUUCACAUGUUAAGUCAGGACUGGUAGCCACAGUUUUGGAACCCUGAUGUGUGUAUUGCAAUCUGUUGAAGAAAACAGGAGACGGCAUUGAGAUCCUUAGCUCUAAAAUCCUGUUUUAUUGUUUGACAAUUGUUGUUUGAAUUUGGUGUGUGUCUUUCUGUCUAUUGAAAUGAUUUAAAAAUCCAUGUAUUAUAUUCAUAUAUACAUAACUGCUGCUAUUGCAUGAUUAUAUAUCCUCAGACGAUACAUAAUGUAACUGCCAAUUGGUUCUGUCCAAUGCCUUCUUGGAUUUCAGAUAAGAGAACAAAACUCCUCUUCAGAGAUGGUGAAUAAAUUAUGGUGUCCUACUGCCAAUUCUUUGUAAUAGGAAAUUUUUAAAUCUGAGAAACAGCCAGGUAUAUUGCUGCACACCUGUAAUCGCAGCACUGAAAAGGCCAAAGUAGGAGGAUCACUGUGAGUUUGAGGCCAGACUGAGACUAAUUCCAGGUCAUCCUGGGCUAGAGAAAGGCCCUA